AAUUUUCAACCGGAACUCGAAAGAGUGAAAAAAAAGAGAAGUAGAAGAACGUUCUAUACUUGUACGAUUUUCGCGAGUCAAGUGUGUGUCACUUCAACAUUUCCAUUCCCAAAACUGAAUCAGAAGAAACUCCAACAGAAUACCGGUUACUCGAAUCUUCCACUGAAAUUGUUGCAUGCGAAGACCAAGAACUAUGAGACCAAAUAUCGUAACUGAGGCAGGGUUGCCAACUAGGGUGAAUCAAUGGUGGGAAAACAUUCCAUUUUUCACUUCUGCUGUGGUUAUUGUCUGUGGAGCUAUUUACUUCGUUUGUCUUUUGGUUGGUUAUGAUUCCUUUUCCGAGAUUUGCUUCUUGCCUUCCGCUGUUGUAUCGCGAUUUCAAGUUUACAGGAUUUAUACUGCCAUUCUUUUCCAUGGUUCACUGCUUCAUGUUCUCUUCAAUAUGAUGGCUUUAGUUCCUUUGGGCUCUGAGCUGGAGAGGAUCAUGGGAUCAGUUCGCUUGCUAUAUGUCACUAUUUUGUUGGCUACAAGCAAUGCUAUUAUCCAUGUUUUCAUAGCACUGCUGGUGGCAUACAAUCCUAUUCUUACGAAUGGUUAUCUAAUGAAUGAGUGUGCUAUUGGGUUCUCAGGAGUUUUGUUUUCAAUGAUUGUUAUAGAGACAAGUCUGAGUGGAGUUCAAUCGAGGAGUGUGUUUGGGUUGUUUAAUGUGCCUGCCAAGUGGUAUGCAUUUUUUUUGUUGGUAGUGUUCCAGCUCCUCAUGCAAAAUGUCUCACUACUUGGUCACCUUUCUGGCAUUGUAUCUGGGUUUGCAUAUACAUUUGGCUUGUUCAAUUUCCUCAUACCUGGGACAUCAUUUUAUUCUUCAAUUGAAGCCUCCUCCUGGCUUUCAUCAUGUGUGAGGCGUCCAAAAUUUAUUGUUUGCACGGGCGGAAAUCCUUCAGGCUAUAUCCCUACAAAUACAAGCUCAUAUUCAACCACUAGUGGAAUAUUUUCUGGGAAUAUUUGGAGGAACCUAUCAUCAUUGAUGCCUCAAAGAGAAGUGUCUACACAACCUCAGUCAGUUGAGGACAGUAGGUUCCCUGGGAGGGGAAGGACCCUUGCUGCUGCUCAAGGUCAAAAUGCUUCUGGUUUUCAUCCAGAUUCAAAUCUUCAAGCCAGACUCUUAGAGGAUAAUAGUCCCAAUCAUCUCUCAGAUCCAGCCAUUCUAAGUACUAGGCAUCCAGUCGAUAAUGUAGCUACAACAGGAGCAGCUGUUCCACAUCAUGAGGGAGCAGUUGUUUCAGAAGAAGAGAUUAAGAAACUUAUAGCAAUGGGCUUUGAUAGGACGCAAGUUGAAGUAGCGCUGGCGGCUGCUGAUGGUGAUCUUAAUGUGGCAGUGGAAAUACUCAUGAGCCAACAGGGUUAAUACAUGAGAGCUUAUCUUGGAUUCCCAGAGAAUUCCUUGACACUUAUGUUGUGCUUGUUAAAUCUUGGACUCCAUCGCUAACAAUUUGGUGACACCUCGAAACACAUAUGAACAGAAUUGAACAUGUGUAAACCACAUAAGCGUAGUGUAUUGAUGUAUAAUAACAAGGUUGAAUAUGAUUAACUGAAGAGUUUUGCAAAUAGAAGUUUGUGGUCAAAUUGUAAGUAUUCUGUUGCCCGCUCACCCAUUCUCUACCCUCGUCUUCAA